AAAACGCAAGAGAGUAAGGAAGAAGGAAGAUAUAUUGUGACAUCAAUUGAGUACCUUUGCUUUUGUGAAUAAGGAAAGCUAAGCUAUAUGAAGUUGUCCCAACAAUGAGAGAUGAGAAUUCGAAGAAAGGCAAGCUUUCUUGGCCAAAAACAUUGGUCAAGAAGUGGUUCAAUAUCAAGAGCAAAGCUGAGGACUUUCAGGCAGAUGAGGUUCCCUGCGAAGGUGUUGAUGAAGAGUGUAGGAGCAAAUACUCAGAGAGGGAGGCAUGCACUAUCAAGAAAAGCAAAACAGAGAGAUCAAGCAGAAGGUACUCAGACAGAAUGCGAAGAGGUAAGAAUGACCUUGAUGAAGCUCAGGUUACAGAUGUGUAUAAUUAUAGAAUCUUUGUUGCCACUUGGAAUGUAGCAGGGAAGUCACCUCCAAGUUAUUUGAGUCUUGAAGAUUGGCUUCAUGCCUCUCCACCUGCUGAUAUCUAUAUUCUUGGGUUUCAAGAAAUUGUACCUCUUAAUGCUGGUAAUGUUUUGGGAACAGAAGAUAAUGGACCUGCGAGAAAAUGGCUGGCUCUGAUAAGGAGGACCCUGAACAGCCUUCCUGGAACAAGUGGUGGAUGCCACACUCCUUCACCACUCCCUGAUCCUAUUGUAGAGCUAAAUGCUGAUUUUGAGGGAUCAAUGAGGCAGAAGGCAACCUCUUUCUUUCAACGGAGGUCCUUCCAAUCCUUGAGUCGUAGUAUGAGAAUGGAUAAUGACAUGUUAAUGCCUCAAACUUGCCUUGAUCGCCGUCUCAGUGUCUGUGACAGAAUGAUAUUGGGUCACAGGACGAGUGACUAUGACCCCAAUUAUCGAUGGGGUUCAUCAGAUGAUGAAAAUGGCACUGGUGACUCCCCAAUUGCAACACAGUAUUCACCAGUGUCAUAUGGCGGUUGUUUCUCUAUGGAGGACAGUGAUAGACCAACAGGGCACUCAAGAUACUGUUUGGUUGCUAGUAAGCAAAUGGUUGGGGUAUUUCUGACUGUUUGGGUGAAAAGUGAUAUCAGAGAUGAUGUUCACAACAUGAAAGUGUCUUGUGUUGGUAGAGGGUUGAUGGGAUAUCUUGGAAACAAGGUACAUUUGGCAAUUUAUUUUAAUAGCAAAGUUUGUAGUGAACUAGGGAAGGAAACAAUUUCAUUCUCUUGGACUUUCCAGGGAUCAAUAUCAAUUAGUAUGUCAUUGCACCAAACAAGCUUUUGCUUCGUCUGUAGUCAUUUGACUUCUGGACAAAAGGAUGGUGAUGAGCUAAGGAGGAAUUCAGAUGUAAUGGAGAUUCUCAGAAAGACAAGGUUUCCUCAGGUCCAUGACAUGGGUGAUGAGAAUUCUCCUCAGACAAUUCUGGAACAUGAUCGAAUAAUUUGGCUGGGGGAUUUAAAUUAUCGGAUAGCCCUUUCUUACCGUGCAGCAAAAGCUCUUGUUGAGAUGCAUGAUUGGAAGACUUUAUUAGAGAAUGACCAGCUGUGUGUAGAGCAGAGGCAAGGUCGAGUCUUUGAAGGAUGGAAUGAAGGGAAAAUAUAUUUCCCUCCCACGUAUAAGUAUUCAAACAAUUCAGACAGAUAUGCAGGUGAUGACAGACGCUCAAAACAAAAGAGAAGAACUCCAGCAUGGUGUGAUCGCAUCCUGUGGUAUGGAAGAGGCCUUCACCAAUUAUCUUAUGUUCGUGGGGAGUCAAGAUUCUCUGAUCAUAGGCCAGUUUAUAGUAUAUUCUUGGCAGAAGUUGAGUCUAUAAGCUGUAACCAAAUAAAGAAAAGCUCCAGUUCAAGGAUUGAAGUAGAAGAGUUAUUGCCACAUUCACAUGGUUAUAGCUACACCGAUUUGAACUUAUUUUGAUGGAUGCCUACAAUUCUUAUGCCAUGAGAUCAACUUGACUAAUUUAGGGAGCUGAAACAGCAAAGUGUACCA